AUGGCUCUACCGCCGAACUGGGAGAGGUACACCACUGAGGAUGGGAAAGAGUACUUUCACAAUGCAGCGUUGAACAAGACGCAAUGGGAGCGGCCAAGCUGCGAUGAGGUGCCUCUUGCUAGCCUGAACACAUCUGAUGUGUUUACUUACAAGCCCAGCGCAGCAGAUUUGGAGGUGCCUCGCUCGACGGCCAAGAGUCAGGAGUUGGAUGACCUAUUCAUGGGAGUUGCGGCCUCGGAGCCGACUGAAUUGGUUUCCUUGAAGGAAGGUCCAGGAGACGAACUGAGCUCCCCGGCAGCCUUCAGGUUCUUGCUGUGGUUGUUUGGUCAAUGGUGCUCGUAA